GGUAAAAGACAGGUGUCCGGACUGGGGGCACAUGCCGUCAGUGAGUCGUGUCCCGGGGGGCGGUGGAUCACCGAUGGCAUUAUUUUGUGAGCUGUGCGCUCACCGGGAGCAGCUUCACGGCGGAGUGGCGGGGUGUUCGCCGGUCGCUGCAGCAUGCAGAAUGCUUUCGACUGUCGUAAGGACACUACCUUCAGGAUCACGUAGAGACGACCAGGGUGUUGCGCAGCCCAGUUUGUGAUUGAUCAGCUUCAUCUAACGGGUUAUUAUGGCUUCCAGCUCUGGUAAGAUGAACCAUCCCCCCGGCGGCAGCGGUGCAUGCAACGGGACUGCUAUUGCGGACAUCCCCAGUGUGAAUGUAGAACAGGAAUUGUAUGAUUAUCAAAUGCACACGAAAAUGUGCAAGAAAAUAGCGCAGCUAACAAAGGUCAUAUAUUCUUUAAACACAAAGAAUGAGGAACAAGAGGCAACUCUGCAAUCAUUACGCCGUGUUGCUUCAGAGACGCAGGGCAGCCUCCAGCCAACCACAGGUCAGGAUGAGGAAGAGGAGGAGUCAGCAUCUAUUUUAAGGACACGCCUUCUAGAACUGCAGGCCACCGUAGAGGAAGUGGAGGAGCGUGGACAGAGGGCAGAAAUAGAGUAUGCAGAGCUCAUAGCAGUGUUGACCCAAGAGACAUCAGAUCUGCGCAGAGACUACCAGAAUCUGCAAACAGAUAGAGACAUCCAACACAAAUUACUGCAACAAACACAAGAUGAAAAAAAGCACUUGGAGAACGAGUGCCAUGAGCUACGGAGAGCCAGAGAUGAAGAGAGACAGAGAGAAGAGGAGGAGAAGAUGCAAAGAGUGGAGGAGGAGAGGAAGAAAGAGAUGGAGGAGAAGAGCAGAGAAAUGGAGGAAAGGAAUAGAGAGUCACAGGAAAGAAAAAGAGUCGAAGAAGAAUGUGAGGUCAAGUUGAAAACGGUGAGAAAGGAGGUACAGGUUCUGAGGGAGGAGAAGGAGAGCAUGGAGAAACAACUUAAGAGCGACAUGGAGGAGUGGAAGAAGAGAGUGAAAGACAUGGAAGACGAGAGGAAGGACGAGCAGGAAGUGGCCAAGAAGGCACUACAGCAGAGCCUCAAUGAACACAUCAACCAGUGGCACCAGAGAGAGCAAGAAAACCGCAAAUCCCAGAAUUCAACACUUCAGCAGAGGCUGAGAAAAGCUGAGGCGGACUUGGAGGUUCGAGAACAGAGGCUGAAUGAGAGCAACAGACACUGCAGCAAACUUCAAGAGAGAGUAGAGGAUCUCGAGGAGCAGUUGGAGGAUGGACGUCACCGGGUGGCUGAGGCUGAGAGUGUGGCAAAGAAAGCAGAGGAAGAGUUAGCUGUAGCCAAAGAACGAUUAUUGCUGCAAGAGAAUGAGCUACAGAGCAAGUCAGAGGAGUUAAUGAGUCAGAGUUCAUCUCAGGUGAGAUUCUCUGCUGAAGUGGAAGACCUGAGGUCUCAACUCAGUCGUCUCAACAUUAGAAACAAAGAGCUGGAGCUUCAAAACAGUGGCCGAUCCAAUGACCAUGCCCGCAUGCUCAAACAGCAUGCAGACACUUUAUCCUCUAUGCGUCUGGAGCUGCAGCGCGCUCACACUGAGGAGAUCAGACGCCUUCAACAGGAGGUGGAGAACGAAAGAAAGAAUGACAGGCAGGAGUUGGAAGAAGAGAAGAAACAAGUGCAGCAGAAGAUGGAAGAAGAAAAAGUGAGGCUGAAAGAACAGCUUAGAAAAGCACUAGAGGAAGUGAUACGCAAACAUGCAAGUGAGCUGCGACAUGCUCAUACGAUGCUGGAUGCUGAGAAGAAGAAGUUGCAGCAGGCUGAGGAGCAGAUGAAAACCACUGAAGAACACAGAAAGGUUUUAGAGACAGAGAGGGAAGAGCUGUGCAACCAACUACAACUGUCCAAAACAGAGAUGACAAAAUUGGAAGAGAUGAUUCAGACUCUGGAGAGAGAGAGAAAAGAGGAAAAGGAAAGGGCAAAAGAGAGAGAGAAGGAGUGCGCAGAGGUGGAGCAGCAGUCAGCGUGUGGCCCGGAGUGUGUGCGGAUGAGAGAGGAGCUGGAAAACACACACAGCAGUAUGCAGCAAAUACAGGAAGAGUUUACAGCACAGAAGGAAGUGUUACAGGCAGAGAUUUCAGCUCUACAGCAGGAGAGAGACAUUCUGCAACAGUCUAAUCACGGUUUAGAGGAGAGAAUCAGGCUACAGUUUGAGAAGCAGUUUUCUGAUCAGAUCGUAGAACUGAAGAGAGAAAAAGAGGAAGAGAUCAGAAAGAUGAACCAACAGUGGCAACACAGAGUAGAAGAACUGCAAACACAGUUCGAAGAGAGGAGAGUUCUCUCGGAGAAGAUGGAGGGAGAGAGAGAGAGACGUUAUGGUAAUGGAGAGAUGGAACGGAUGAAGCAAGAGAUCCAAAAGACACGAGAUAUGAACAGUUCACUCAGAGCGCAGCUUCACUCCACCAUUCAGGAGAAGGAGAGAAUGAUGAGGCAGCAGCUACAGGUAGUAAAAGAGGAAGAUGAGGAUGAGGAGGAUGGAAAGAGUACAAGAGAGAGGGAAGAGGAGAGGGAGAAGCGGGGGUGGCGUGAGCGAGAGGAGGAGCUGUUGCGUGCGGAGAGGUUAAAUCACCAGCGAGCUCUUCAGGUCCUGGAAACACAAGCCAAUGAAGAACUUCAGGCAGAAAGACAACGCUUGCUCACACAGCACAAACUCCAGCUGGACAAGCAGAAGGCAGAGCUGACCCAGCAGCACACUGAGUGGGUGAGACAGGUCACCCAGAGACACAUGCAGCAGAUCGAGGACCUUCAGAACGAAAUACACACGCACACACAAAUGAUGGCCCUGCAGCAGGAUCUGAAACAGCAAAACCGCUUACAGUCAUUAGAGAGACAGCUGGAUGAGAAGAGCAGCGAGGUUCAGGAGCUGAAAAGAGAGAACGAAGAUCUGAAAGAACGAAUAAAUGCAUUGAGCUCACGAAGAGAGGAACAGGAGGACUAUAAACAAAAACACAAGAGUUUCCCAGAGGAAAAGCAUGAGGAUGGUGAAGCGGAUGGGUCAGAUCACAGGAAUAACAUGGAGACUGUGAAGAAAGAGCACAGAAUGGAGAUCCAGACCAUAAUAUCAGACUUCAGCACCGCCCAAACACGACUACAGGCCCGCAUAGUUGCCUUGGAAACAGAGUUGAGAGAAAGGGAAGAAAGGGGGAAAAGGAGAGUAGAAGACCUGCAUACCAUUGCUAAACUACAGGACAAGCUAAGCGAGAGAGACCAACUCAUCAAAAAUCUCGUGGAAGACCUCCACCAGCUUUCCCAGCAUCCACCUCUGUGCAGUGAUGAAAUACUCAAGCCUCAUGAAUCUAGGACACAAGCAGGAACCCUUACACCUAACAUGAAGAAAAAGACAGUUGAGGAUGCUAGCAUCCCAAACCUCUGCUCGUAUGAUGGAGGGUCACCCAAAACCAAAUGCUCACCAGUUAUGGAGCGUGUAUUACCCAGUAUGGAACAGAGUGGGAGAGGGACCCCACUAACCAGGACACACACACCCACCUCCCCUCAUGCUGAACACAGAGCCUCUUUAAGACACAGCCGUCCAUCAUCACAAGAGCUGCGACAUCAGCCCCAGCUUAAAAUCAACUACAACCAGCACAUUAGGACUCCUGCUGAGCAGAGGGUUAUCGAAACAGGGCCUGAUGGACAAGACCCUCAAAAACAGGAGUGGUUCACCAAAUAUUUCUCAUUCUGAGGUCCCAUUGAACAUUUUGACAACAGGUGCACCAAAGUCUCCUUUUUGUGCAUAAUUACUCUCAACUGCAAGCUAACACCAAAUAAGCUUUUCUACAGGAUGCAUCUCAUUUUCACUUGUUUGACAGCAGCAGCACACAGGCCCAAUGUCUUAAAAUGUUACAAAAUCAAGAGAUUAUGCACUCAACCAAUCAUCAGAACAGUGAAGGACGACAGGACACAGAUUACGGAGAGGGUGAAUGUCAAAGAGCUGAAAAAAGAAUGUUAAUGUGCAGAGGCUUCCAUUAUUAAUGUAUCACUUGUGUUCUCUCCUUGCACAUUAUGCCUCCAGCACAAAGGCGAUCAUACAAGGUCUAAAAAUUCCUGAACAGUUCUGCAUCAAAUCCAACAUGGACAUCUAUUCAUUUAUAGAAUGAACUGCCAGGUUUGGAUUGCUGGAAAUGUGGUGUGGAAUGCUGAAACUUUUCCUAAUUAAAAGAGAAUGCAAGAAUAGCUGGUUUUGCCGUACUAUGCCAAAAGUGUUACUAUGUCAAGAUGAUGUGUAUCAAUAAAUUAAUUUUUUUU